AUAUCUAGUAUGGAAAGAGCGUUAGUGCAGUCCACUCGAUAUUACUCGAAAGUUUACGCAGCGGUGAUUCAUUUCGUUCAUUGAUUCGAAACCGAUCUCUCUGUAAUGCCACAAAGUGAAAGAACAAAUGAAUAAAUUUGAGAAAAUUCAAAACUAAAGAUAUGUAAAAUUUUUGACAACGCGGUGAAUUUCAAAAUAAGAUAAAUAACGUAUUAAGUACAACCGAGAUAAUUGAAAAUAAGAAAAUAAAAAAAAAAAAAUUUCGUCAACCCCGUCGCAAUAAAUAUAUAUACCUAUAUACCAAUAUAUUUUUUUCACGUUUAUUUAUUCAAUUACUCAUAGCAUAUACGCGAAAAUGAUGCAAAAAAGAAAGAGAAGAAAAACGAUAAAUUAAUAACUAUAUAUCCAUACGUAUGUAACUUUAACCUUUGCUCAGAUGUAGUACGUACAUAUAUUAUACCUAUAUGUUUAUGAUGAAUCGCGAAGGGAAAAAUUUGCACAUCAGUCGUGACAGAGACGUUAACGAAUGUAGUUGACAUUGUACGGAAUUGUGUAAAUGAAUUUUCGAAGAGAAUCUCCCAAUUUUUUUUUCAAUUAGUUACUCGUCAUUGUCGAUAAUCUCGUUCAUUCGGAAGACCUGGUCAUCUUAUAGAUUAACUAGUUAACGGUAGAGUUUGUUUUAAAAUCUAUAAAUAAGAACAAAAGUAAGAAAAAAAAAAAAACCUGUGUCGAGUGAACAAAAAAGAAGAAAAAAAAGAAAUUCAACGACAACACGAGGACGAAAAAUUGGAAUUUUUAAAGGAGUAAAAAAUAAACCAAACGACCGCUGAAAUAAACAGAUAAAUAUGGAGGAUCUUAAAAUAGUGCAAAUAUCCGUCUGGGAGAUAAUAAAAUUACAUUUUCUAUCAUUUGUGUUCGGUGUAUAUCUGAUAGCGAAGAGAUUUAUAAAGUGGGCAUGGAAUCCGAAACAGUUCUUCGUUCUAAACGAAAGGGACAAUCCACCUUUAUGUCUGGUAGAUAACAGUCUAGGAAAACAUUCCUACGUUAAACUAAAGGGUGUGAAACUUCACUACGUGGAAUCUGGAAGUAAAGAUAAGCCUCUCCUUUUGCUGUUACACGGUUUUCCCGACUGUUGGUUAACAUGGAGGGAGCAAAUUUCGCCGCUCUCCGAACAUUACAGAGUCGUCGCUCUGGACCUCAAAGGAUUUGGCGACAGCGACAAGCCGCCGAACAGAAGAUCCUACAAAAUCGAAACUCUUUUGGAUGAAUUGAAACAGCUGAUUCUCGCGUUUGGUGUUAAAAAUUGCAGUAUAAUAGGUCACGACCUUGGAGGACUCCUGGGGUGGUAUAUGGUAGCGCUUUACGAAGAAUUGGUUGACAAAUUCGUCGCCGUUUCAAGUCCGCAUCCAAAUUUUUACUGGGAAGGUUUCGCCGGCGAUAGCCUCUUCAACGACAAAUGGAUCCAUUUCAGCCAGUUGCCAUUUUUGCCGGAGAUCGAUGCCCUGAAGGAAGAUAUCUCUAUAAUAAACGACACUUACAAACAUUUGCAAAUCAAUCAGACGGAUAACGAGAAAAAUUACGUAGAAGCUUACAAGUAUUCGUUCAGUAGAAAGGAAGAUUGGACGGGUGCUAUAAAUUAUUACCGCAGUCUACCGUUCGCCAGAAUAAAUCCCAAAUCACCGGAUCAAAUUUUGACCCGCACGCUUUUGAUUGUCGGUAACGAGGACCCGAAAGUAUCGUUGGAAAAUAUGAUAAAGAGCAGCGAACACUGCGAGAAAUUUAGCGUCAAGGUCAUAAGCGGUGCCGGUCAUUUUCCGCACCAAGAAAAACCCGAUAUAGUCAACAAAACUAUUUUAAAAUUCCUCAUUGGAACUCAACAAUCGGGCGUCGAUAAAUCUCCGUCAAAAAGUAUCGUUUCUUCGUGGUUGGGAUCGAUAAGUAGCACGGUGAAAUACGGUAAUCAAGUGAUAGACGCUGUGCAUAAAAAAACGAACGGAAUGGUGAACGGUCUUCCCGCAAAAAUGCUCCACAUGGGACAGGCGCCGUCUUGAUAAGGAUCGCCUCCGUCGAAAUAAAGAAAAUCACGAUUCACCGUAAUCAGCGCAUCUCAAUAAGAUGAAUUGCAAAGAAUAUUAUAUAUCCGAAAGAGAAAAACUGGAUGUCUUGGCGAAUCGAAGAACCAAAGAAAGAGAGAGUAGGAGAGAGAGGAGAGAGAGAUAGAUUCACAAAAAAAAAACCCAUACAUUAAUUGAGUCGAUCAAUUAAUUUGUAAAUAUUAAUUUAAUCAUAAUUUUAAUUAUAUGUUUAUGUACAUAUAUAUAUAUAUAUUACUAUAAUUUAGUCGCGGUUGUGUGAAUCGUUGUACGCUUUGUUCCAUAUGUCUAAAUAGUGUAAUAAUUAAAUCAUAUAUAUAUGUACAGUGUAACCGUAA